CGCGCCGGCGACGUCAUUAGAGCGCGACCGGCGCGAUGCGUAAAUGGCGAACCUUAGCGACCUUGUCGUUCGGAGCGGCCGUCGGCGCCACGGCGAGCCACCUGUGGAGGCCUUCGGGUGGCGAGGAGGGUUUGCAGCCGGUCCUUCCGCUGGGUCCGGUACCGAGUGUCCACGCCGCCUCCGAAUUGACGUUGAGCAGGUUUUCGGGGGGCGCCGUCAUGAAAUACGGCUUCCCCUCGCUAUCCAACAUCCGCACGAGAGAAUCCUACGUGAGCUCGUACGACCCGCGCACCCGGACGCCCGCGUGGGUCAUUGAGAGGCUCAGCGGCGACACGCUCGGCGGGGCGGCGGACAGGGCGUGCUGCGACUUCAAGGAGGACGACAGUGUCCAUUUCUUCCAUCGCGCCACCAACGCCGACUACAAGGGGAGCGGCCUCGACAGAGGUCACAUGGCAGCGGCGGCUAAUCACAAGUGGAGCCAAAAGGCCAUGGACGACACCUUCUACCUGAGCAACGUAGCCCCCCAGGUGCCCGCCCGUGCGCGCGCGCGCGCGCUUUCCUCACUUGCGCAUUUGUGCUACGCGCUUUCCUCACUUGCGCAUUUGUGCUGCACACUCACUCACAUGUUCGUGCGUGUGCAGAACCCCCACUUGAACCAGAACGCGUGGAACAACCUGGAGAAGCUGUGUCGCUCGCUGACCAAACGUUACGCCAACGUCUACGUGUGCACCGGCCCACUCUAUCUGCCCAGGCAGGAAGCUGACGGCAAACUAUACGUGCGCUACCAAGUUGUGGGUCGGAACCACGUCGCCGUGCCGACGCACUUCUUUAAGGUGUUGAUCUUGGAGCGCGGCGGCGCUCAGGAGGGCGUGGAACUGCGCUCAUACGUCCUUCCCAACGAGGCUGUGGACCAGACGCUCCCUCUGGAGCGCUUCCUGGUUCCCGUCGAAACCAUUGAGAGGGCGUCGGGCCUCCUGUUUGUCCCCAACAUCGUGCGGGCCAGCGGCGCCAUUGCCGGCAAGUAGCCCGAGCGCCGAAGACACGGUGGGAGUUUUGUCCGUGGCGUGGCCAACUCUGCAAAAAUAAAAGCAAGGCAAAAGACUA